AUGUUACAAUUAGUGUCAUGCAUAUUAAACAUAUCUAAUACUACUACUAUUAUUAUCGGUGGUAGUAGUAGUAGUAGUCGUCGUAGUAAUAGUAGUAAUAGUGGUGGUGGUGGUAGUAGUAGUGGUGGUGGUAGUAGUGGUAGUGGUGAUGGUGGUAGUAGUAGUAAUGAUGGUGGUGGUAGUAGUAGUAGUAGUGGUGAUGGUGGUAGUAGUAGUAAUGGUGGUGGUGGUAGUAGUAGUAGUAGUAGUAGUAGUGAUGGUGGUGGUAGUAAUAAUAAUAAUAAUAAUAGUAGUAGUAAUAUUACUAUUACUAUUAUUACAUGUGGGAAUUCAUUGAAAAUAUCUAUGAUUUAUUCUGUCAAUCAUUGA